AUCCAAGUUUUUAGAAAUAAGCAUGAAUGGUCACGAUUGAAAUUAUAUAUUUUAAGUGAAGCGAGACACAAAGAUUACGUGGUUGAUUUAAAUGGAACGUUUCUUUGGUUGAAAUGGGACGUUAUUUUACGAUUUUAUAGGAAUUGGAUUAAGGCCGAUCUAAAAGAUGGUGAAGUUCAGUAUAAACAGUAACAUAUGGAACGUUCUGUGUUUGCUGCUUUUGUUUGCGAUACUGUCAGUCUUAUUAACAGUAGAAUCACCCAAAGAUUUAAAUACAAAAACAAUAAAACAUUCGAAAAUGCUUUCGCGACAACUCAAAACAUUUGCAGAAUUACCGAACCCAACACAGCACGUAUUGGAAAACAAUAAACCACGUAUAAAACAAAAAGACAUUCCACUUAUAUACGCCAUUACUCCAACUUACUAUAGAUUAACACAAAUGGCGGACCUAACACGAAUGGCAAACACUUUACGGCAAGUCAGACGGCUGCACUGGAUAGUUGUUGAGGAUUGGACAUCUACUAACCAUCAUAUCCACGAGUUUUUAGUCUAUACGAAUAUGUCCUUUACGUAUAUAUCUCAAGCAACAAAGGAAUCUACAAAUGCUUCAAAAGGAAAUGAUCAGAAAAAUGCCGCCAUUCAAUGGAUAACCCGUAAUCAUCACUGGGGAGAACAGGCUGUUGUGUAUUUUGCAGAUGAUGACAAUGCUUAUGAUCUACGUUUAUUUGAAGAGAUGAGAUAUACUCAAAAGGUUUCUAUGUGGCCUGUAGGACUUACAGGUGGGAAUAAAGCAGAGACACCUGUUGUUGAAGAUGGAAAGGUGACCGGCUUUAUUGGAUGGGCCACAAAAUAUCGUGUUUUUGCUGUAGAUAUGGCAGGAUUCGCUGUCAAUGUCAAUGUUUUAUGGGAUUAUCAUCCAAUGCUUUUUGAAACUCAAAUGCCAGCAUAUACAUGUUGUACAGCAGAAACCAAGUUCUUGGAACAGUGUUGUACUAUUGAAGAUAUAGAACCAAGGGCGGAUAACUGUACAAAGGUCUACGUAUGGCACACCAAGACAGGGAAACCAAAGUAUGUAAAGAAUGACGCAAGAUUAGACCACAUUUAUGUUUAAUGCAUUCGAAUGCAAAUCGUGAAGUUGUGUAUACCUGUUGCAACGGAUUCAGAAGAUGAAACAGGAAACGUUAAGAAAAGACAGGCCAACUCGAGUAUGUUGAUGAGUCUGAAUUUUUACCCCAAGGACAUUUAUUCAGUUUGCGAAUACAUCGAGUGCAUCGGUACAGUGUGGACACAUCAAUGAAAUGUAGAAAAAUGUGUCUGAUCUUAUAAUAAAACUAAACACUGCUAAAGUGUCUAUAUUUAGUAUACUACUAUGGA